AUGGCUUUGUCAAAGCGUUCGUCGUCGUCGCUGCCUAUUGAGUUAGUAGAAGAGAUACUUUGCAGGAUUCCAAUCGGAUCUUUUGUACGAUACAAAUGGAUAUGCAAAGAAUGGUACGCUCUUUUAAACGACAAGAGAUCCAUCUACAAACUCUUGGAUCUCUCACAGAAACGAUUCCUACAAGUUGAUCGUACUAAUAAUUUGUUUCAUCUCUUCAAUCCUGAGACGCAAGCUCUCUCAUGUCUUCAAGGUCCAUCUAAUAUUUGUACAAUCAUCCACUGCGACGGACUAUUUCUAUGCAAGUGUAUGGCAAGGACUCGUGUAUUCAAAAUUAAUAACAAGCUUGCAGUUUGGAAUCCGUUUUUGAACCAAGUCAAAUGGAUCAAACCCUCGACUUCCUACCAAAAGUUUGAUUGUUUCGGUUUUGGAUACGACAAUGUAUCCCGUGACAACUACAAGAUUUUGAGGUUAGGUUUUCAUGACAGAUCCGAUAUUGAGAUAUAUGAGUUUAAGUCUAGACUCUGGAGGAGUAUUGAUGCUACUCUUGAUUCUUCUUUAUUGCUUUGGUAUACAUUGUCUAGUACUUUUUCUAUGAAUGGAAACAUGUACUGGAUUGCUAAUAGGAAGAAGGAUAACUCCAAAACAAUCGUAAGUUUUGAUUUCUCCAGAGAGACAUUCAAAGACAUAGGCUGUGGUGUUCCCUUUGAUAACGCGGUCCUGUCAGGUUUCGAAAGAGAUAGGCUUUCUUUAUUACAUUAUCAAAGAGAUGUAACGAUUGAGGUGUGGGUUACAAACAAGGUGACUGAUGCGGUUGUUUCGUGGAGCAAGUAUCUUAAUGUGACUCGUCCUGACCUCCCGAUAUUAUAUACAGAAUACUACAACUUUCCGACAUACUUCAUCGACCACAAGACCAAUAGUAUCAUGGUAUGGUGCGGGCAAUCAGAUGGCAGGAGGAAAUACGUUAACUUCGCCGUUUACGAAAUGUGUGCCUGUGAGAUCAAAGAACAUGUUGUGCCAGGACGACAUAAAUGGAACGAGAGUCAUAUUUAUAACCAUUGCUAUGAAUAUGUCCCAAGUCUGGUUCCAGCCCUAGAAUAA